AUGACUACUGAAUUCCUCGGAAAAGAAGGUUCUUCUCAAGGAGACAUUGUAUCACUCAGCGAAACUUCACGCCUCCGUCGGACAGAGACUCGUUCUUCGAGGAAGAAGUAUGCCCCGUCUUUCUUUCUUUCUUCCUCCCACUUUCAUUCUUGUUUCUUUCUUUCGUUUGUUUUGCUUUUCUUUCUUUCUUUCUUUCUUUCUUUCUUUCUUUAUUUAUUUAUUUAUUUAUUUAUUUUUUUCUCCUACAUUAUUCUCACUUUCAUUCUUUUCUUGUCUGUUUCUUUCUUUUGUUUGUUUUGCUUUUCUUUCUUUCUUUCUUUCUUUCUUUCUUUCUUUCUUUCUUUCUUUCUUUCUGCCUUUCUUUCUUUCUUUCUUUAUCCCACAUUAUUCUCACAUGUUUUCUUGUUUGUUUUUGUUUGUUUGUUUGUGUCUUUUUUUUCUUUCUUUUUUUCUUUUUUAAUUUUCUUUCUUUCUUUCUCCCUAAAAAGAGGAAAAAUAAUAUCACUUUCAUUCUUUUCGCGUUUUUCUUUCGUCUGUUUUUUACAUUUCUUUCUUUCUUUCUUUCUUUCUUUCUUUCUUUCUUUAUCCCACAUUAUUCUCACAUGUUUUUCUUGUUUGUUUUUUGUUUGUUUGUGUCUUUCUUUCUUUCUUUCUUUCUUUCUUUCUUUCUUUCUUUAUCCCACAUUAUUCUCACAUGUUUUUCUUGUUUGUUUUUUGUUUGUUUGUUUGUUUGUGUCUUUCUUUCUUUCUUUCUUUCUUUCUUAA